UAAACACAAUAGAAGACGAGAAUCAGGCGCCUACAAUUUGCGUCAUCAACAAUUGACAAUUUGUCGCAUACCAACACCAAAUAUAAUCUAAUUUUAAUUUAAUUAGAAGGGACAAUAAACAUAUAAGACAUGAAGACGCGUUAGACAUUUUGGGGAAUUUGUUUGUAUGAGAAACAUAUCGCGCAAAAUAAGAAAAUACUUCAAUUAAUGCAAGGAAUAUACGCCGGAAAACUAAAUCGAGUGCAACACUCGGGGGAGCGAAUACACUGUAACACUCAGAAAAAAAAAAUUGGAAAUGAGAAGAAGCGAUUAUCGAUUUAUUUUCCACAAAUACCCUCUAAAUGAAUUGAGCCGUCUCUGUGUGCAUCAUCAUCAUCGACAUUUCCAGAAUCGACCAACGCAUACGUGCACAAGGACCCCUGAUGAAGGUGUGUAGGUAAUACUUUGAAAGCUACGUAAGACAACAUGUCUGAAGAGGCCCUUUCAGAAAGUGAUCUGGAGGCUAGCCUUAACAGUGAAGAGGACUAUAAUGAAAAUGAUGAAGAAGAAGACGAUAGCGAUAUGGAGGACGGCGAGGAGGAGGAUGAAAGUUCUGAAGAUGAUGAAGAUGAUGGAAUGGGAAAACAUAGUCCGGACUCCACCUCAGCUACCUCUGGUGAUCCUUCCUCGGAGUCACCGUCACGGCCUGAAUCCCAGCCGUCGUCCAGGGCGCCCUCCAGACCAACCUCGCGCUCUCAACUUCCGAGCAGCUCUGGCAAAUCCAGAAAGAGCAAGAAAAGCUCCAGUAAAUCAAAGAAACAAAAAGAUUCUAAAAUAACCAAAUCCUCUAAGCCAUCAAAACGCCCCAAACCCCCCAAGAUCGUCAAGCCUGUACAUAUGAGGAAAAAUAUCAGAAAGGUGCUCAACGAGGACCAGUUGGAGGCUGGGACCAAAGCUGCUCAACAGGAAGAGAUGGAAAGGCGGAAGCGUCUGGAGCAACAGAGAAAAGCUAUGCCAGCUCCAACUUUACUAGAGUCCCAACUAGUGAACGCAACUUCCAUUUUAGGUGGGAUGUCUCACUUGGUUCCCGCCCUCCACAGCAAGCAGGAUGUGAUCUGCCUGGACAGUAGCGGUGAUGAAGAUGGGGACAUGGAACCCAAACACCCCCAGCUAGCUAUUAGAGAUGAUAUAAUUGAACUCAGCUCUGGGGAUGAGGAUGCCCUGCAGAUAAGCAGUGAAUCUGGGAAUGAGGAUGACGGUGGCCCCCCUGGCACGGAGGAGAGCAGUGGAGCGCACAUCAAUGAUGCUCUAAACUUGCCUGAUGCCCAGGGGAGGGUAAUGGUUAAUAUCAACCACCCUGCGGAAGAGAAGGACAUUUAUCUCGCUCCCCAGCUCGCUAGGGCUGUCAAACCUCACCAGAUUGGUGGUAUCAGGUUUCUUUAUGAUAACCUGAUUGAGUCUCUGGAGCGAUACAAAAGCAGCAGUGGUUUUGGUUGCAUCCUUGCUCACAGCAUGGGGCUUGGCAAGACACUGCAGGUCAUUUCCUUUAUUGACAUCCUGCUGCGGAAUACUGAGGCUCACACUGUCUUAGCCAUUGUUCCGGUGAACACACUCCAGAACUGGCUGGCAGAGUUUAACCUCUGGCUUCCACCGCAGGAAACACUUUCCCCUGACACUGACCCUGCUUUACUUAUAGGACGUACAUUUAAAGUUCAAAUUCUAAAUGAUGAGCAAAAAACCACAAUAGCCCGGGCCAAGGUAGUGGAGGACUGGAGCAGAGAUGGGGGCGUGUUGCUCAUGGGCUAUGAGAUGUACCGCCUUCUGUCAAUGAAAAAGAGUUUUGUUACGGGCAAGAAGCGAAAAUCAAAGAAGCCUGUAGGGCCUGUCAUCAUUGAUCUAGAUGAGGAAGAUAGACAACAAGAACUUAUGAAAGCUAUUGAAAAGUCCAUUCUACGACCUGGUCCAGACGUGGUGAUUUGUGACGAGGGCCAUCGCAUUAAAAACUAUCAUGCCAGCACGUCACAGGCUCUGAAGAAUAUCCGUUCAAGGCGCAGAGUGGUUCUCACUGGUUACCCAUUACAGAACAAUCUCAUCGAAUAUUGGUGCAUGGUAGAUUUUGUUAGGCCAGACUUCUUGGGCACCCGUCAGGAGUUCAGCAACAUGUUUGAGCGUCCCAUUUUGAACGGGCAAUGUAUGGACAGCACGCCUCAAGACGUUCGCUUGAUGCGUUACCGUAGUCAUGUGCUGCACAGCCUUUUAGAAGGCUUUGUCCAGAGACGUGGCCAUGAUGUUCUGCAACAUCAGCUUCCUAUGAAGAUGGAGCAUGUGAUUUUGGUGCGGUUAUCUCCUAUACAGAAAGCGCUUUACACCGAGUUUAUGAAUCGAUUUAGAGAGGCAGGAAACAAUGGCUGGCUUGGUCUAAACCCUUUGAAAGCCUUUUGUGUAUGCUGUAAGAUCUGGAAUCACCCAGACGUGCUUUAUGAAGCUUUACAGAAGGAAAAUCAGGCAAAUGAGCAGGACUUGGACCUUGACGACAUCGCCAGCGGCCCCAAAGGCAAAGUGUCAGACUCCAGCAACAGCAAAGCCAACAAUAACAUUUCACCGCUUUUCAAUCCUUCUCAGGAACGAAGCAAUCAAGUUAUGACUUAUGAAUGGGCAAAUGAAAUCAUGUCAAACUACCAAACAGGACUCCUGGAAAACUCUGGCAAAAUGGUGCUGCUCUUUCAUUUGAUAGAUGAGAGUGUCAGAAGAGGUGACAAGAUGUUGGUGUUCAGUCAAAGCUUAACAACGCUGACUGUCAUUGAGGACUUCUUAUCAAAAAGACCCAUUCCAUUACAAGACGCUGCUGCUGAGUCUCAGAACCCCAACUGGGUUCGCAAUCUCAAUUAUUAUCGGCUGGAUGGAAGUACAUCUGCCUCAGAAAGAGAACGCCUAAUCAAUCAGUUUAAUGAUCCAGAGAACACUAAAACAUUUCUCUUUCUGCUUUCUACCAGAGCGGGUUGCUUGGGAGUGAAUCUAAUUGGAGCUAACCGCGUUGUCGUCUUCGAUGCAUCCUGGAACCCGUGUCAUGACGCCCAGGCGGUUUGCAGGGUGUACCGCUACGGUCAGAAGAAACCCUGCUACAUUUACCGCUUGGUAUGUGACUUUACCCUGGAGAAGAAGAUCUAUGAUAGACAGGUCUCCAAGCAGGGCAUGUCUGACCGUGUAGUGGAUGACCUGAACCCGGCACUGAACUUUACUAGAAAGGAAGUGGAGUCACUUUUGCAUUUUGUUGAGGAGGAACCUGAAGAUUACAAGAUAAAUCUGAGGACUUUUGAAGAGCAAGAGCCUGUCCUCUAUAAGGCCUGUCAGCUUUACCCACGUCUCAUCACUAAACAACCUUUUGAACAUGAAUCUCUAUUAGUGGACCGUAAGGAAUCCAAACUUACCAAAGCAGAGAAGAGAGCAGCCAAAAAGAGCUACGAGGAUGAGAAACGGGCUUCCGUGCCCUACUCUCGACCUUCUUAUGCCCCGUAUUAUCCAGCCAGCAACCACGCACUCGCUAAUAUACCUGCAUUUAGUCAACGUGGCUGGCGUCCUAUGGCUCGGCCUGAUGACAAGCCAGUUGCAAGUGUCAGGCCUAUCCAGUCAACACCAAUUCCCAUGAUGCCUCGCCAAGUUGUUAUGGGCAUGGCAGGAUCCAGCUCUCCCAGCAGUUUACCUGUUAAUUUCCUGCAGAAGGCUGGAGUUUACAUCCAGAGGAUUGUCACCACAACUGACAUUUUCAUCCCAGGAGCCAACAGCACAACAGAUGUCCAAGCUCGAAUAAGCGCAGGAGAGAGUAUUCAUGUAAUCAGGGGCUCGAAAGGUACAUACAUAAGGACAAAUGAUGGAAGGAUUUUUGCCAUUAGGUCUGGAAAAGUCAGUAGACCAGCCACCGGGAGCGCCGCUGUUUCAAGAGAUAGCCAUCGUUCCUUGAUCCAUCCAAUCAGCAACGGUUGCGCCUCCCCUGGCGAGCAACUGCAGCAGUCUCCUGAUGUGGCACAGCGGUCAUCCUCUCCCUUGGGCUCUGAGAUUCUCCGUGAGCUCAGCCACUACACGGCAUCCACGAGCGACGGCACCGUCAGAGCAGGGAACGAACUUUCCUCUCCAAUGGAUGCAUCGGGAGCGGGAGAAGGGGGCCGUCUGAUUCCAGAGCUCCGGGCGCCACUAGACGACAACCUCCUUAGCUCGGGUUUUGAAACGCAAGGUGUGAAACGCAAGCGUACUGAAAGUCAAGGCCCCACGGCCAGACGGACUUCGGCUACAUCGCAUUUCACCGGAUUGCCCAUGAACUCCAGUGGGCUCAGUUUUCCACCAGUGGGUCUGAACUCUUCCACACUUUUGGGAGGCCUGGGGCAUAUGACUCACCCUCUUCUGAUAGGUGCAAGUGGUGGAUCUUCAUUCCUUCAGACACCAGGACAAACACUGACAGACAUACAGGCUAUGUUCCCUUCUGCUUCGGGGAACGGACAACAUCCUCCCACCUCCUCAUCAGCUUUAUCCACCGUCCUCUCCUCAUCACCCAACACCAUUCCCAUGUCAUCGGCAACAUCAGCCCCAACUACUUCCUCAUUGGCGUCAGGUUCUUUGACGCCGUACUUGAUGAACCCCAAUGUAGCUGGCCUGCUUUCCUCAGGCUUCCCUCUCAACUACAGUCAAUCCUUGCUCCCUGAGCCCCGGAUGUUCCCUGGCCCUCUUCUCUCUGGUUCAGCAGGUUUCGCCACGCCAAACUCUGCUGCUGCAAAUGCAUCUGGCUUCCUCACGCACUUCAACAAUCCCACAUCCAGCCUGUUGGGGGCGGCUUUAACCCAACCAGACAGAUAUCAGAGUGCAGAAAACAGAGGUGAUAGUUCAGAUGAUGAUGUCAUAGAAGUGACAGGACACUGAAUAAGAAUGGUUGGACGCAUUGGUCAGUCAUGGAUAGUUCGUCAGAUAAAUUAUCCUCAUAUGCUUAUAUAUCAUCUUGUUUUUUUUCUUUCUGAAAUAUACAUUCAUUGUUUUACUUCAACUGGCUUCAUUUAGUUCUUUCAAAACAUUCAUUUUUAGGCAUUAUGAAAAAAAGUUUUGUUUUUAUAGCACUCACGUUCCCAAAAGCUACACAGAGACACAUUUACCUAACAAACAAUACACACUGCUGACCAAAAGUAUUGGCACCCCUGCAAUUCUGUCAGAUAAUGCUCAAUUUCUCCCAGAAAAUGAUUGCAAUUACAAAUGCCUUGGUAGUAAUAUCUUCAUCUAUUUUGCUUGCAAUGAAUAGACACAAAAGAGAAUGAAUAUAAAUUAAAUCAUUAUCAUUUUACACAAAACUCCAAAAAUGGGCCGGACAAAAGUAUUGGCACCCUUUGAAAAAUCAUGUGAUGCUUCUCUAAUUAACAGCACCUGUUACUUACCUGUGGCAUAUAAUAGGUGGUGGCAAUAACGAAAUCACACUUGCAGCCAGUUAAAAUGGAUUAAAGUUGACUCAACCGCUGUCCUGUGUCCUUGUGUGUACCACAUUGGGCAUGGAGAAAAGAAGACCAAAGAACUGUCUGAGGACUUGAGAAGCAAAAUUGUGAGGAAGCAUGGGCAAUCUCAAGGCUACAAGUCCAUCUCCAAAGACCUGAAUAUUCCUGUGUCUACCGUGCGCAUUGUCAUCAAUAAGUGUAAAGCCCAUUGCACUGUGGCUAACAUCCCUAGAUGUAGACGGAAAAGAAAAUUGACAAGAGAUUUCAACGAAAGAUUGUGCGGGUGGAAAAUAAAGAACCUCAACUAACAUCCAAACAAAUUCAAGCUGUCCUGCAGUCGGAGUUUACAACAGUGUCAACCCGUACUAUCCGUCGGCGUCUGAAUGAAAAGGAACUCUAUGGUAGGAUACUCAGGAAGACCCCACUUCUGACCCAUGGACAUAAAAAAGCCAGGCUGGAGUUUACCAAAACUUACCUGAGAAAGCCAAAAACAUUUUGGAAGAAUGUUCUCUGGUCAGAUGAGACAAAAGUAGAGCUGUUUGGGAAAAGGCAUUAACUUAAGAGUUUAAUGGGAAAAAAAAAAAACGAGGCCUUCAAAAAAAAGAACACGGACCCCAGUCAGACAUGGCUGAAGCUCCCUGAUGUUUUGGGGUUGCUUUGCUUCCUCUGGCACUGUAGUGCUUGACCAGGUGCAUGGCAUUAUGAAGUUUGAAGACUACCAACAAAUUUAACAGCAUAAUGUAGGGCCCAGAGUGAGAAAGCUGGGUCUCCCUCAGAGGUCAUGGGUCUUCCAGCACGACAUUGACCCAAAACACACUUUAAAAAGCACUAGAAAAUAGUUUGAGAGAAAGCACUAAAGACUUCUGAAGAGGCCAGCAAUGAGUCAAGACCUGAAUCCCAUUGAACACCUUUGGAGAGAUCUGGAAAAAUGGCAGUUUGGAAAAGACAUCCUUCAAAUCUCAGAGACCUGGAGCAGUUGGCCAAAGAAAAAUGGUCUAAAAUCCCAGCAUAGCAUUGUAAGAAACUCACUGAUGGAUACCGGAAGUGGUUGUUCGCAGUUAUUUCGUCUAAAGUUUGUGCUACCAAUUAUUAGGCUGAGGGUGCCAAUACUUUUGUCCGGCCCAUUUUUGGAGUUUUGUGUAAUAUGAUAAUGAUUUAACUUUUCUUUUCAUUCUCUUUCGUGUUUAUUCAUUGCAAGCAAAAUAAAUCAAGGCAUUACUACAAAAGCAUUUGUAUUUGCAAUCAUUGUCUGGGAGAAAUUGAGCAUUAUCUGACAAAAUUGCAGAGGUGCCAAUACUUUUGGCCAGCAGUGUAUUUAAAGUGAUUGAUAAAAUGAAUAACAAAUCCUCAUUCUGACUAAACUGUUGGAUUUUUUGUAGCAACAAUUCACUGGCCCGAUUUCAUGCAUUGUCUUCAACACUACGGAAUUUCAUUCCACACAAUUACCCUCACUGUGGCCAUUGACUAUUUGUACAGCCUAGCCAUAUUAAAAAAAAAAAAAAAAACUAAAAUAUCUAAUAUUUCUUGGAUUAUAAAAUUUGAAGAAACACGUAGCGUCACCUGUUGAAAAGAGAUUAUGUGGUUCCGACUGAUCAUGUAGAUAUAUGUACAUAGUAGUUAUCGUCAUUGUUUAUAUUUCAAGUAAAUACUGUGCAGUGUAUUGGGAGUUGUUUAAUGACAACAUUUAUGAACAUAAACAUUGCAUUGUUUAUGGAUUUAGGGGAGCCACGUUUUUCCCCCUUCUUAAUGCUCAAAAUGAAUGUAUUUUAAAUCUCCCGCAGUAACACACUGUGUGUUCUGUUAUAUUUAGCCUUAACACUGAGAGAUCGUCAGUGAUCUUAUUCGCUCUUGGUAUGUGUAUUUUUUUUUUAACUUUGUGAUAAAACAAAUGUGAACAUUUUGUUUCCCUAAACAACAACCAAAUGAGUCAAGGCGACAAAGAGCCACUCAUUCGACAUUUCUAUGAGCCAACUUUUCUCAUCAUGGUCUGAGUGUUUGUUAAAUGUCAGCGUCACUAUCGGAACGUUCACACUCAUGCCCACCAGUGACUGUGGUAGAGCCAGCCCAGCGAGAUGGCGCUGUGAGCUUCAUCAGUCAACCAGUUGCGAUUGCCUUCUGUUUUAGUCUCAGUCAGUGAUGUGUAGGUCUCUGCUGCUCUAGCCUUGUGUCUUUUAUAUCGUGAUGACGCCACACUGGUGUUUAGAUGUAGGAAUAUGUUUGCAACAAGUUGACGCAGUGGUUAUAUUAGCCUUUAGGGAAAAAAAAACUUGGGAGCAUGAGGCUGAACAGCAUAAUCUGUUUAGCUUUUAUGGUGGACAGGUGGAUACUUUCCCCUCCCUUUUAAACUUUUUUCCCCAUCUUCAAAUCAUGUAUGGGGGCUCUGGAAGGAGACCAUUAAAUCUCCAGAUCCUACAGUGUUAUUUGAAGUUGGGUGUCACAACUUUUUUCUAUUCUAGUAAAAAAUAAAUUCAUAGGAUUUUUUUUUUUUUAACUUUUUAUAAUUUCCUAACGUACUCCUUUUAAUAAUUUCUCAUUUUAGUGUCCGUAUAGUAUCUGAAAUGUAUUUAUUUUUUACCUUUGUGUUAACUUUGAUGGCUGAUCCCUACCACAAAGGCAACAGCAGAAAAUGUGUUAUUGUUAUUUUAAAAA